CAAGGCCACAGUCUCAUGAUUACUUAACAUGAUUUUUCAUCUACUACCGGCUAAGUAUUUGAUGAGUAACACAUAUCCUAAAUGGCUGGAAUAUUUUAGGUUUAUGAUAUGGCAAUGCAUGUUGCAAAAUUUUUGCAAGCUACCGUACAUGUGCUGGAAAGAUACAUGUGUAUAAAUAAGAUGGACUGAGUACCAAACAUUGCACAUAUGACCAGUCUCCAAACUAAAGCAACGAAGAUGAGAUCCUUUAUUCUUCUUACCCUGUUAGCCCUUAUUGCAAGUAGUUAUGGAGGAGGGUAUGGCGGCGGUGGUGGAGGAGGAUAUGGCAGCCGUGGAGGAAGAUAUGGCGGCGGUGGAGGCAGAGGAGGUGGAGGAUAUGGCAUGAGUAGUUAUGGCGGCGGUCGCAGUGGAGGUGGAUAUGGCGGAGGACGCAGUGGUGGCGGUUAUGGAAGUGGAGGAGGUGGCGGAGGACGCAGUGGUGGCGGUUAUGGAGGCACGAGUUAUGGAAGUGGAGGAGGUGGCGGUUAUGGAGGCACGGGUUAUGGAAGUGGAGGAGGUGGCGGAGGACGCGGUGGUAGCGGUUAUGGAGGCAAGGGUUAUGGAAGUGGAGGAGGUGGAGGAGGUGGCGGAGGUGGAGGUCGAGGCGGUUAUGGUGGUAGAUCAUAUGGAAAAGGAUACUGA